GGGGUGCCAGUCUCAGGGGCAGCUCCAAUUCCCUCCCCGCCCCCUGCUCCUAUUCCUCCCCCUGACCCUCUUUCUCUUGGCUCUACUGACAGUUUCUCCAGGACCCAGCAGUGUCCUCUGUCCACUGCUCUAGGCCAUUCCCUACCCCACCCCCACUGUGAGCCCCUAACUCAGGAUUCAGGACCCAGGGGCCCCUCCCUAUCCCAGCAAACCUCUUCUCGACCAGGAGAGCUGACUCAGAUUGCACUACCUCCAUGCGUGCUGCAGACAGGAUGGGGGCCAGGGCUGUGCUGGGCCUGCGGCUGGCACUACUGUUACUGCUGGUGCUUGGGACACCCAAGUCAGGGGUCCAAGGGGAGGAUGGGCUGGACUUUCCCGAGUAUGAUGGUGUGGACCGUGUGGUCAAUGUCAACGCAAAGAACUACAAAAAUGUCUUCAAGAAGUACGAGGUGCUGGCACUGCUCUACCACGAGCCCCCCGAGGAUGACAAGGCCUCACAAAGACAAUUUGAGAUGGAAGAGCUGACCCUGGAGUUAGCAGCCCAAGUCCUAGAAGACAAGGGUGUUGGCUUCGGGAUGGUGGACUCUGAGAAGGAUGCAGCUGUAGCCAAGAAACUAGGACUCACUGAAGAAGACAGCAUCUAUGUGUUCAAAGGAGAUGAAGUCAUUGAGUAUGAUGGCGAGCUUUCUGCUGACACCCUGGUGGAGUUUCUGCUUGAUGUUCUAGAGGACCCUGUGGAAUUGAUUGAGGGUGAACGAGAGUUGCAGGCAUUUGAGAACAUCGAGGAUGAGAACAAACUCAUUGGCUACUUCAAAAACAAAGACUCAGAGCACUUCAAGGCCUACGAGGACGCCGCGGAGGAGUUUCAUCCAUACAUCCCCUUCUUCGCCACCUUCGACAGCAAGGUGGCAAAGAAGCUGACCCUGAAGCUGAAUGAGAUUGAUUUCUAUGAAGCCUUCAUGGAAGAGCCUGUGACCAUCCCAGACAAGCCCAACAGUGAAGAGGAGAUUGUCAACUUCGUGGAAGAGCACAGGAGGUCAACCCUGAGGAAACUGAAGCCUGAGAGUAUGUAUGAGACCUGGGAGGAUGAUCUGGAUGGAAUCCAUAUUGUGGCUUUUGCAGAGGAAGCUGAUCCAGAUGGCUAUGAGUUCUUAGAGAUUCUCAAGGCUGUGGCCCAAGAUAACACUGAAAAUCCUGAUCUUAGCAUCAUCUGGAUUGACCCUGAUGACUUCCCCCUGCUGGUUCCGUACUGGGAGAAGACAUUUGAUAUCGACUUGUCAGCUCCACAAAUAGGAGUUGUCAAUGUUACUGAUGCGGACAGCAUAUGGAUGGAGAUGGAUGAUGAAGAGGACCUGCCUUCCGCUGAGGAGCUGGAAGACUGGCUGGAGGAUGUACUAGCGGGCGAGAUCAACACAGAAGACGAUGAUGAGGAGGACGAGGAUGACGAUGAUGAUUAGUUGCCAUGACAACCAUCUCCCUGCCCCACCUGCUCUCCUCACGCUCCCUCCUGCCUUCCCUGUCCUUGCCUGAGCUCCCCCAGGGCCACUAGCUCAUUUUCUGUCAUAGGGCCCACUGGGAAUCUGUAUGCUGAGUGCUCAGACUCUGGUCCCCCUCACCUAAUGAGGAAUGAGCUACUUUUCCCUGAACAUCAUCCUAGCUAUCUCAUCCAACUAACUUGUUUCCUGUCCCACAGUGUCCCUGUAUCUAUUAUUUGUUUCUUCCAUUACUCCCUGAACUCUUUCUUGUCAUUUUCUUCUUGCCAUAUCUCUGGGCCUCCGCCUCUCUUCUGUUUCCUCUACCUAUACACACUCUUCUCCCACUCCCUCAAAUCCUGUAUCCUUCCGAUGGUUCUCUCUCUGGCCAGGAGGAAGGGGGGGGCACUGUAGUUGGGGCUGUAUCUCAGCAAUCUGUUGUUAAUGUAUUUGGGUCAAAUGAGAGGCGUCAAUAAAGGAUCUGGGGCGGC